AUGUCGAAACGCGCGCAUCCCCACGACGCACAUCCAAGCGACCACUCGGCCAUCUAUAACGAAGAUCUCAAACAUCCUUCGCCAAAGCGAGCAAAGCAGAUUGACGAGCAUUUACCAUUUGAGACGCUCGAGAAGGCUCUAUCGGAGCAAAAGACUGAUCAUACGGUUCGCAAUGUGCUGCACUGGUUCCGAUCCAAGGAUGUACGAGCAGACGACAAUCGCGCACUCUAUGCUGCAUCACAAAAGGCAAAAGAGGGAGAUGGCAACUUGAUUACUAUGUAUCUGUACAGCCCCAAGGAUCUGGAGUGGCAUGGGACCAGCCCUGCUCGAUCUGACUUUCUGCUCGAGUCGCUUUCGUUGUUGCAGAAGCAGUUGCGCGAAAAGAAUAUUCCUAUGGCCAUUGUGACGGCUGAAGAGAGGGCAGACAAGACGGACAAGAUCGUUGAGUUUGUCAAGGACAAUGACAUCUCUCAUGUCUUUGCGAACUUUGAAUAUGAGGUCGAUGAGACCCGUCGUGAUAUCAAAGUCGCACAUCACACUCAGGAAGAGAAGGACGUCUCGAUCGAGCUCUUGCACGAUCAGACAGUGCUCGAACCAGGACUGCUCAAGACCGGUAGCGGGACACCAAUGAAGGUCUUUACACCCUACCACAAAGCCUGGCUCACCGAAACAAAACAAAGUCCUGAACACCUCAAUCUCGUGGCUCCUCCUGAAGCAAACGACAAGUCCGCUGUCGAUAAACUCAAGAAACUUUUUGAUUCGAAGAUACCCUCUUUACCAGAAAAUAAAGAUUUCACCAGCGACGAGGAAAGAAAACGCAUCCGUGAGCUCUGGCCUGCAGGCCACGAAGCAGGCAUCAAACGCCUCCAACACUUUCUCAACGAGAAAGUGUCCGACUAUGCCAGCCACCGCUCCGAGCCUGCCAGAGAUCCUUCCUCGCGCUUAUCCGCAUAUUUUUCCGCCGGUAUAAUCAGUGUCCGCGAAGCCCUCGCUGCCGCAAAGAAACAUAACAACAACAAACACUUUGACGAAGGUGACUCUGGCAUCGCCUCUUGGGUCCGCGAAAUCGUCUUUAGAGAAUUCUACCGUCAAGUCCUUGUCGCCAUCCCUCAUAACGCAAUGAACUUGCCCCAGAACCUAAAGUUUGACAAUGUGCACUGGGAAGACGAUGAAGAGGGCUGGGAGAAAUGGUGUCAAGGCAAAACAGGAGUUCCUUGGGUGGACGCCGGUAUGCGACAGCUAAACACAGAAGCCUAUAUGCAUAAUCGUCUUCGCAUGAACACUGCUUCCUACCUCACCGCAAACAUGUUGAUUGACUACCGCAGAGGAGAAAGAUAUUUCGCUACCCACCUCAUCGAUUGGGAUCUUUCGAACAACACACAAGGCUGGGAACCUAGUUAUACAGUCUUUAACCCCAUCAGUCAAGCGGAGAAAUGUGAUAAACAUGGACACUUUAUCAGGAAAUGGGUUCCUGAGUUGAAGGACUUGAAAGGCAAGGAUAUCUUUGAUCCUUAUGGUAGGUUGAGCAAGGAAGAGUUUGAGAAACUCGGAUAUCCAAAACCACAUGUGGAUUUUGCUGAGAGCAAGAAGAGGGUGGUUGAGAGGUUUAAGAAGGAUUUACAUGAGGCUAAUGUUUGA